AUGAGCGUAUCACAGGAUGAAUAUGGUGUUCUAAGAAAAUAAUUGAUAAAAUAAUCUAUCAUAAAAAUGAAAACAAUGUUUUGGAAUGCUUAUAAGGAAGAUGUUAAGAUCGGAGAGCUUUUGAUAAAGUCGGAAUUUUAGAGAAAGGGGAAGCUUCGUUAUUUAGGGGGGAGUGAGACAAUGCUGAUGAUAUACGAGGUUUCAAUUAGAGUUUAAACUUAAGGACCCCCAAUUCAAAAAGCCUAAAAAAUGGUGCGAACAGCUCCAAAGAUGAAACCAGGGUGUCAAGUAAUUAAGCUCUCUGGAAGUGCAAGAGCUGAUUAAGUGAAGAGCGAAAAUAUUGAGAAACUUGGGGAGCCGACUGGGUUAUGGAUAUUUCGAGAUGAAGACCACAGGUAUGAGUUGGUUGCUCAUUCCUUGGUCCUAACAUAAUGGAGGUGGUUCUUGGGGAAACGAAUCAAUUAGUAUGGGUUCCAUCACUUGUUCAAGGUUUUUAAGAGGAUUGGAAAGGGAAACUUUGCUUCAGUUUAUUUGGCUGAGAGAGUAGAGGAUGGGCAGUAGAUGGCUAUUAAGGCAUUUUCUAAAAGUGUGGCAUAUGCAGAAGAGAAUGGAAAAGAAGGAUUAAUGAAUGAAAUUAAGUUGAUGCGAUAAUUGGAUCAUCCAAAUAUCAUCAAAUUGCAUGAAGUUCAUGAGACAAGCAAUUCACUAUAUGUCUGUUUGGAAUUGUUGGAAGGCGGCCAAUUAUACGAAUAAUUGAAGAAAAAAGUCAUAUUCUCAAAUAAAGAGAUCUUAACUAUAAUUAAGGGAUUACUGGAAGGUCUCAAACAUGUUCACUCAAAGGAUAUCAUGCAUAGAGAUAUCAAAUUAGAAAAUAUCUUAUUCAAAAAGCCUAAUCAAAUAGAGUCUGUAUGUCUGGCAGAUUUUGGAUUGGCUACCUAUGUUAAUGAGGAAGUGUAUUUGUAUUGUAGAUGUGGCACUCCAGGAUUUGUGGCACCCGAAGUGAUCAACAUCAAAGAUCUCACAACCAAAUAUGAUAAGGUUUGUGACAUCUAUUCCUUGGGGUUAGUAUUCCAUUUACUACUCACUGGAAAGCCAGCCUUCACUGGACGUAGUUAUACUACAAUAGUGAAUCAGAACAAGGAGGCUAAGAUACAAUGGAAGUCAUCAGCAUUUGACAUAAUUCCAAAGGCAGCUUUGAAUCUUUUAAAAAGAAUGCUGGAGGCUGAUCCCAAACUAAGGAUCACAGCAGAAGAGGCUUUGCAACACAAUUACUUCAACCCUUAUCAUAUACCAAAUAUUGCUUAAUUUGAAGACGACAACAUUGACAUUGAUGAUAGUUGUUAAUUGGAUUAGAGACUACAAAAGAUUAAUGAUCUUAAUAACAAGUUUGAUAUGAUGCGUAUAAAUCAGCUCACUAAUUCUCCAAUUAGAUCUCCAAACAUUAAAGCCACACAAACUCAGGCGAUGAAGGAGCAGAUGAAGGAAAGUGUCUAAUUGCAAGAACAGAUGAUUAUGCACACUCCAGUCAUAACUGGAAGAGUAGAAAGCAUCGAUGAUUCCCCUGGAGAUGGGACGAAACAAUAAUAAAAAAUGAAAGAAGGCUUGUCUAAACACAAGAGAUAAGAAUCUUUGAAUUUCCUCUAAAAAUACAAAUAACAAUAAUAAUAGUAGCUAGUUAAUGAAGAAGAUUCAUUGCAUUAACAAGAAGAUUGUAGAGAACCUGCGAUUUAAUAAGUCAAAUAGAGUUUAAGCAAAAAUUUGUGA